UCUUCUGCAUCUGCUGUGAUUCCUGCCCCUGUGGUGUGCUUUGCACCUGGAGGGGAAUGGCUGCAUGUGUCUGGAAGCAUCUCCUGGAGAUUCCUCUGCCAUCUGAAAAGAAUUGGUUGAAGGAUGAAGAGGAAGAUUUCUUCCUGCAGGAUCCCAAUCGGAAGUGCAAUGGUUUGCCUCAGCCCUUCAGGAUGAUCAACAAAGUGAUGAUGCUGGUUUUUGAGAAUGCUGUGGAAAUCAUUGAAAGGAGGGAGAUGCUCGGAGAGCCACAAAAUCUUAAGGUCCAGCCGACAAAAUGCUUUCCUACAGCUGAAUUCCAGGUACUGGGAGAGCCUAUUGCCUUGCAGUGUCUGGAAAAUACAUCUUUGUCAGUCUGUCUGAGGGUCUGGCUGCCUUCAGGGUGUCUGACUGUGUGGACAUGUGCUUGGGAUGCAGUCAAGAUGGAGAUUUGUGCCAUCCAUGCCUCAGACCUGGGAAAGGAUCUUCCCAUGUCCUGCUUGCUGUGGAUGGAAUGGAAGUGGAACGCAGUUUCCAGGCUAAACAACAAAAUAACC